UCCUCCCAGCCAGUUACAAAAUUAAUAGCUGAAGGGAUAGGAUCUGUGUGUGGGAGGUUAUAUUUUGGGACAACUGAAAAGAUUCCACCAUCAGAGCUUAUUGAUACAACAGGUGCCGGGGAUGCAUUUACAGGAGCUGUUUUAUAUGCGAUCUGUGCCAACUUGCCACCAAAAAAAAUGUUGCCUUUUGCUUCUUAUGUGGCAGCUGCCAAAUGUAGAGCCCUUGGAGCUCGUGCUGGCCUUCCAUACCGCACCAAUCCAUACCUGACAUCUUUUACUGAGAGUAUAGUAUAGAGUCCUAAACAGUUCAUCUAAAUCCUAGAUUAAUCAUGCAAGAAACAAGGCUUCAGUGUAGGAAUUUUUCUGCUGUCUUCCAGUUUAUAAUUAAUCAUACAGCUCAAAUGUUUGUGUUUUUAUGUCUUAGUGUAGCUAAUUGUAACUUAAAUUGUAUAGAUGUUGAUAAAAAUGUGUGUCAAGUUCCAAGUUACUAAGAUCUACUUUUUGCAAUAAAGUGUAUUUCUCUA